AUGAACAACUUAACAGUUGAUAGCAUAAGAGAUUCUUUAACUACGGCAUCCUAUCAGUUAAACAUUUGGUUAGGUUUACUUCUUUGGACAAUAGGCAACAUUGGAUGCAUCGGUAAUAUGCUAGUUUAUGGUUCUGCAAAAUCCCGUCAACAAGCGUAUGCAAUCUAUUUGUUCGCAUCAGCCAUAGCUGAUUUUCAUUAUUUCAAUUUUGUAUUACUAACACGAAUACUUCAAAAUGGUUUUACAAUUAUACUAACGAACCGAUAUUCAAUUAUAUGCAAACUGCGACAAUUUAGUACUAUUUGGGGUAAUGUUGUUGGUUUUAGUUUGUUUUCGUUGGCAACCAUCGAUCGACUUUUAUCAACUCACCGUUCAAAUACAUAUCGACUAUGGAGUCACCGACUCAUUCUAUAUCAAAUCGAAAAUGGAAACUGUUCUCCUCGUAGUGGUUUCUAUAGUUACUACGAUAAUUACUUUCAAGUCGUUUUCUCGUCGUUAUUGCCUGCUGUUAGUAUGUCUAUUCUUGCUUAUUUACUCAUUAAAAAUGUUCGACAUGUUGUUCGCCGACGCGUUGUUCCAUCGAUUAGUGUACCCCAACGAAAAAUGAUCAACCAAAUAGAUUCCCGAUUAACACUCAUGCUUAUAUCCGAAUCAUGCAUUGCAGUGAUGACAUAUGUUCCGUAUGCAGUUCAGUUAACCUAUGCGAAUGUAACGCAAAAUUUAUCUAAAUCACCUUUACGUAUCGCAUGGGAGAAUAUGUUUACUGAAUUGAUUCACUUGUUGUCGUAUAUAUUCUUCGUCACGAGUUUUUAUGUUUCGCUCUUGUCCAACGGCGCGUUUCGUCAAAAGCUCAAGGAAUCCUUACAUAUCUUUGGAUCUCAUUUACAUUAUAAUAACGAUCGAACUAGAACUUUUCUUCGUCGAUGGAAUAUAAUCAGUAAUGAUCUCGUGUGCGCAUGUGUAUAUAAACCAAAGACGCAAAAUGAUUCUAGACACAAUAGAAUGGGUACUAUUUUACCAAUCCCAAUAAUCACCUUUCUCGUUCUAUUCGGUAUCAUCACUGUUUUCCUGAUGUUUUAUCAUUGUUGUCGCUUUAUUCUGAUUCACGAAAUAUUCCCAGUUCAUGGUAUUGAUCCCGAUUUGGUUCAUGCAGGAGUCCCGAUUGUCAUCGUUCGUCGUUCAGAUCAACCAAAAAUCUAUCCACCAUAUAUCGCUACAUCUCCAGCUAUUUACGCAAAAGAAUGA